AUGUUGCAUCAUCCUUUAACACUUAAAGCAGUUCUCUUGAUCCUCGCAAAUGCUGUAGUUUUCACCAAACAUCACCAACCAUUUGAUGGCCGUAUAGUUGGCGGCUCGAGUACGAGCAUAUGGCAUCAUUCACAUCAGAUAUCGCUCUACCAUAAUGGCUUAAUAAUUUGUGGCGGCUCAAUUGUUGAUACCGAGAACAAUAAGACCAAUGGCUAUUAUGUGGUCACAGCCGCACAUUGUGUAGAACCUACGGAACCACAAUCUUACUUCAUAAAAUACGGCAUAACGUCGCUAGUAGAACUCGUACCGAUCGUAUUCAUCGAUUACAUUAUCCAACAUGAAAAAUACAAUGCAACUACCGCUAAUUAUGAUAUUGCUUUAAUUAAGCUAAAAGUACGCCUACAAUUCAGUGAGAAAGUAAAACCGAUAACAUUGGCUGAGAGUACACCUGAAACCGGCUCGUUAGCCAUUGUAACUGGCUGGGGUACAACAUCUGAGGGUGGUGUAUUACCAGCACCAAUAUUACAAGAAGUGACGGUCAUUUUGGUGGAUAAAGAUGUGUGUAGGCAACAAUAUGCGCCAUACGAUAAAACGGAUCAAAUGUUAUGCGCUGGUGUGCCUGAAGGUGGCAAGGAUGCAUGCCAGGGUGAUUCCGGUGGACCAUUGGUAGUUGAUGGUAAACUUACUGGCAUAGUUUCUUGGGGUAUUGGCUGUGGGCAGCCCAAAUAUCCAGGUGUGUAUUGCAAUGUGUCGUGGUUUAGAACGUGGGUUAUAGGAAAAGUACAGUAAAUCCAAUGAGUGACAAUAAAUAAUACCGUAUAAGAAAAAAAACAUUGGUUAUAAAAUAAAACCGUGGACUCUCUCUU